CAGCAUGCAUAUCAUAAGUCGAAUAUGGUCGUUUAUCUUCUAUAAAGUUAAAGCGUGACGUCACGUGCGGGAUUAGGAUCAGAUGUGGUAUAUAAUGGGUCAGUGAGCUCAGAGCAUCACAGUUCAAGUCGUGCCUUCCUUUGGUCGUUCACUCCUAUCCAAAAAUGAAGCUGUUCAUUCUUGCCGCCCUCAUCGCCGUCAGCUCCGCGGCUCGCCUGGAGCAUCUGGAGCAGGAGCGAGGGCUUAAAGAGUACCUUCCUCCAGUUCAGUCUGGGCAGGGCCAGUUUGGUCAGCAGAGCUUUGGUCAGAGUUUCGGCGGCCAUGGAUCUAACGACUUUGCCUCUCAGGGGUCGAACAGUCUUGACGCUGGUGCUGCUGGCUUCGGAUCUGCUCCUCAAGGAUUGAGGGCUAGCGCUGCUGGUGCCCGUGGUUUCUCCUCGUUCGAUGCUGCCCGCUCCAACCAGUACCUGCCUCCGGACCAUGGUCCUUCUGGCAGCCACGGUGCUCAUGGACAAGAUGCUUUCGGAGCCUCCAGCAACCAGUUCGGUUCCCAGUCGCAGUACGGUCAGAACAACAAGUUUGGCGCCCAGGGCUCCAGCAGCUUCGGAUCUCAAGGCUUUGGUUCUCAUGGUUCUCAUGGAUCCCAAGGAUCCCAUGGUGCCCAUGGAUCAGGCUUUGGAUCUCAGAGCUCUAAUGGCUUCGGCGCUCAAGGCUCCAGCUUCGGCUCUCAAGGCUCCCAAGGCUUUGGAUCCCAAGGCUCCCAUGGCUUUGGAUCCCAAGGCUCCCAAAGCUUUGGAUCCCAAGGCUCCCAAGGUUUUGGAUCUCAAGGCUCCCAAGGCUUUGGAUCCCAUGGCUCCCAAGGCUCCCAAGGCUCAAAAGGCUUCGGAUCCCAAGGCUCCGGCUUCGGAUCCCAAAGCUCCAGCUUCGGAUCCCAGGGUGCUCGUGGCCAACAGAACCUCCGCCAAUACCUUGCGCCUAAGACCUCUCACGACAACAUCCCUCAGCAGCCUUUCGACCCGGAGUCUGGCUACAUCUACUAAAUUCUUCUAGUGACUUUAGUCAUUGUCUAAGUCAAGAUUCUUGUAAUUAAUUCACUGUAUUAGUCAAACAUUGUGUUCUAAUAAUGCUCAUUGUAAAAAUAUUCAAAGACAAUAAAAUAUUGUAA